AUGGCUUGGGGGAUAACGAAGAAAAUCACGUCUGCUGUAAAGAAGUCAGCAAAAGGGAAGGCAACUACUGCAUCGGCAUCAGCCCUGAUGGCACAGCGAGAGGAAGCACGGCGGACAUUACUAAAGGCCAAGGGCACAUGGUCGCAGUACGACGGACACCUGGUGCGGGGCCGCCAGUUCCUUGCAGAUGUGGUCGAGCAGAAGAAGACUGCUCAUACAGAUGGUACUCACACCCAGGCCGAUGGCGAACUUGUUGACAUCGAUGCCUAUAGCCAUGCAUUUGACGACACUCCCAACAGAUACUCUGCGUCUGUGCUCGAACUCUUUCUCGUCCAGAAGGGUUUGAUGGAGAACUCCCAAGGGGAGACCUACCGAGGGCCGUACCACUUCAAUUCAGCGACUGCGGUAGUCACUGGAAACCCAGCUCAGUCCGCGGCCGUGCAAGACAUGAUGGAAGUUUUGAAGAACAAUGAGGGAGCAGAAGGUGGCAGCAGGAACCAUGCAUCUGCCAUGACAAUUGAGGACAUGCGGAAGGUGAUGGCAUGGUCCUACAAGCAGUGCCCUGAUGAGCUGAUCAGUCUCAUCUAUUCCCGAGUUCAGAGCGAGUCGGCUCUUGAUAUGGACAAUGUAAUUUUAGCCCAGAAGCACCUCGUAAUCCGUGCAUUCGCAACCACAGGCUUUACAAUUUGGACACGAAAUUUCGAGCUUACGAAAAUCAGACGAAAGGACAUUGUUUGGAAUUGCCAGGGAUGCCCGCCAUACGACAUCCCUUAUGACUUACUUCAAGAUCACGAGUAUGAGAUCUACCCUCAACAACAGACACCUGAGAUCUGCAUGUUCACACAUCUGCGAGCCUGGGUGAAUUUCUUGGAGGAGGUCCUUCUCCGGCGGCCAUUGGAGCCUGAUGAAUUCAUCUUCGCGCGAGUGGGUGCAAACAGUGUGGUCUAUGCCUCCGACCAGCUGUCGUAUGAUGGUGUGAUGAAGAUGCUCGCCUGGAUGUGCAAGGAGGUAGGGCUGACAGCUAGGUACACCACCCACUGCUUUCGGCGAGGUGGUGCAAGGUACCGGUUCAUGUUCACACCUCUGGGACAGCGCUGGUCACUUGCUACCAUUCGGUGGUGGGGUGCGUGGGCCGAAGGCGAAAGCAAAAAUCACCGGGAUGCACUGUGCCCAAUUCCUCGGGAAGGUGACAAGAGCUUCAAUGGUGAUCACAUUUUGACAGCACCCAUUACUGCAGCGGAAACUCAGGAACUCAAGAUGUCAUUUGAUCAUGAGCUGAACUGUCUGUCUGGCAAAGUUGAGGAAGUCCUAGACAAACUAACCCUUGCUCCGGCCUCUUCCACUUAUUCCUCGCCAUUGCCAGCACCCUCGCAACCUCCGAUAUUGGUCUCUUCCCCCCAGUCUCUACAACCAACCCUGUGCCAUCAGGCCACCAUUUCACCCUUUCUGGAGAGUGCCUCCACUCCUUCUAUGAUACCCAGCCCAGUUCCCGUGGACUCAACUUCUUCUCCCUCGCCUCCCGCCUUUCCAACAACACGGGCACUUCCCUCCAGCAGCCGUCAGCACGGCACCACAGCAAAAAAGGCAGCUCCCAUACCUGGUGUCGGAAUCCCGGACCUUCCACGCGGACCAGAGGCGUGGCGCACUGCUGUGAAGCAGUGGGAAGACCCUGCUGCAUCUAUUGGCGGUAAGGCACUGAAGGAUUGGCCGGAGGAGUGGUAUACCGGCCCUAUGCGCACCAUCACUGGCGUGAAGCGGAACAUCCGGAAGGUGAUCGCUAUGGAAUUCUACCGGCUGCAGCGGGACGAGGCAAUAUUUGUCGAAGCAUACCCUGAGGCAACCUGCGGUGUCAAGCCACUUUUUGACGCAGUCCAACGCCAACGCGAGGGACGCAGUGAAAUCACCAGACGAGCAACGUAUAUCACACUAUCACGCCCCGCUGUCGCUGGCACGACAUUCCCGGGACCCACACGAGCUCUCGCACAGCUGUAUCUCUUCAUUCGCAGGCAUUCUGUUCUGGUUCAUUAG